AUGGCGAAGCCGACGCCGGUGGCCUCGGCAGAGGAGGCGGCCGCGAUGCGGCGCCGGCUGAGGCGCCUGGUGGCCGCGGUGGCGGCCGGGAGCGCCGACGCAGAGGCCUUCGACGAGGCGGCCGAGGCGCUCGCUAAGCUCAGGGACGCCGAGCUUGGCCCCAGCAAGGACAACAGGGCAGGCGACGGCUACGGCGACGGCGGGCAGAACAAGCGCCGCACGGAGGCCGCGGUGCCGGAGCACUUCCUUUGCCCCAUCUCCUCGGAGAUCAUGAGGGAUCCCGUCGUCCUCGCCUCCGGCCAGACGUAUGAUCGUCGUUUCAUUCAAGAAUGGUUAAGUGCUGGAAACCGGACAUGCCCACAGACUCAACAAGUCCUUUCAAAUACAAUUAUCAUCCCAAACCACCUUGUGAGAAGCAUGAUCUCACAGUGGUGCACAGAUAAUGGGAUCAGUCUGCCACCAGUUGAGAACCAAGACGAAGAUCUGGUUACAAACAAUGAGCGGAAGACAUUUAGUAAAAUAUUUGAGAGGAUCGCAUCGUCGUCAAACCUGUCUGAGCAGAGGGAAGCCAUUAAAGAUCUCAGGCUGCUGACUAAGUGCAACAGUUCACUAAGAGCAGCCAUAGGAGAGAAACCAGAUUCAAUCUCACAGAUGAUUUCCAUAGCAUCCAACCCAGAGCUAGAAAACAAUGCAGAAGUUCUGGAGGAUAUGGUGACAACUAUUCUUAAUCUUUCUAUUCAUGAGAGCAACAAGAAGAUUAUUGGAGAUGACCCAUUGGCAAUCCGGUUCCUCAUAAGGACCUUACAAUCAGGAACCAUGGAGGCCCGGAGCAAUGCUGCAGCUGCCAUCUUCAGUUUAUCUGCCCUUGACAGCAACAAGGUGAAGAUCGGCGAACUAGGCGUGAUGAGACCUCUGGUGGAUCUCCUUGAACAUGGCAGCAUGAUAGCAAAGAAAGAUGCAGCUUCAGCUAUAUUCAACCUCUGCAUGUUGCACGAGAACAAAUCAAGGGCCACCAAGAGUGGUGUUAUUGACGUGACCCUGAAGGCCAUCACCGAUGACUCGCUCGUGGACGAGUCUCUGGCCAUCCUUGCCCUGCUGUCGGGCGACCAUGAGACAGUAGAGGAGAUUGGCGAGACUGGUGGCGUGGCCUCCAUGCUCCAUGUUAUAAAGGAAGACCAGUGCAAGCGCAACAAGGAGAAUGCAGUUGCGGUGCUCUUCGCGGUCUGUAUGUACGACCGCACCAAACUGAGAGAGGUUGCGGAGCACGAGAAGCUGAACGGGUCCCUGGCCUGGCUCACGCAGAAUGGCACUUCAAGGGCACGGCGGAAGGCUGCCGGGAUCCUUGAUAAGAUGAAGAGGACCCUGCACCAGCCUCACUACUCCUGCUAG